AUGUCGUCCAAGCAAGGAGGAAAAGCAAAGCCAUUGAAGCAACCCAAGGCGGUGAAGAAGGAGUACGACGAGGAUGAUUUGGCCAAGCUUCAGAAGAAGAAGGAUGAGGAGAAGGCACUGAAGGAGCUCAAAGCCAAAGCCCAGCAGAAGGGGACCUUUGGAGGUACCGGCCUCAAGAAAAGUGGCAAGAAAUAG